AAAAUAUUUUUUACUAGAAUGGAAGACUGGAUGGAGUGGCAAAAUUCAGUGAAAAAUAUCAAAAUAAUUGUACAUUCCAUCGAAAAUAUCGUGAGAAAGGACGACAUAUACAUGUCGAUCACGGCAGAACAUAAUGGUGUUGUUUUGGGAGACAGUGAUUCAAUAUUAAUCAAAGCAAAUUAUGAAGAAGACAUAGUUCAUGUUAUCGAUAUUACUGUUAAUUUGCCAAUUAAUGUAAAAGAUAAACAGAUACUUAAUUCAGUCGUAUCAGUGCCUGUAUUAAUAAAAGCUUUCCAAAUCAUAGAAAACGAACAGGAAGGACAGACUCUAUCGGAUGAAGCUAAGAAAAAAUCGAUAUUUAGUACAAAAUCUGCAGUGCUUCCCACAUCGAAGUUGUUAGGGAUAUGUAAUCUCGAUUUAAUACCAGUUAUAUUAGGGGAAAGUACUUUCACCGAGAAGCUGAUUUUGGAAACACCUAUCUUCUCCUUCGACGGUGAGUUGAUCCCGUGGCAGAAUCUUCCACGUCUCACGGUAACAGUUAUGCAAGAUCAGACAUCGAUCUUCCAACCAAAUGAGAUAAUGAACUUCCUUCACAUUACCAUCGAGAGCAUAUACAAUAUUCCAGAAAUUUUCGCGGAGAAUUUUUAUUACAAAGCUGGCACAAUAGCGUAUAUUGAUAAUGAGGAACCUGAGAAAAUAAUUUUCGACCGAGGUAUUUGGGUAAAAUAUCGCGACGUUGAGAGAACAAAACGGUGGAACAGUUUACGCCAUAUAGAAAAUCGAGCACAGUUGUCUAAAUACAAAUUGGACUGCGAUUUUAUGGGAGUGAGAAACGAAUUUAGCAAGCAGUUUGAUUUAGCGAAAAAAGUGUGCGAAGAUGUACCACGAAUCGAAUGGAAUUCUUUGAAUCGAUGUAUCAUAUGGGAGAGAGGAAUCGAAGCGAUGAAGAAUUAUAUUAGAAAACACAAAUUUUGGCCUUUUCAAUUUGAAGUAACGACAACAGGAAGUCCGCCAACAAAAUCGAAAAACAUUUCAUCAUCUGCAACACAAUUGUAUCAAUGUUAUGUCGAUGUUUCCGAACUUCUUUUCCCAGGAAGAAGAAGCUGUCGAGUCGUGGGACAGUUGUAUAAGUUUAAUUCAAUGGAAAAUAUUCAAACGCAAAAUAUAUUCAGCUCAGAAACACAACGCAAAGAAAUGACAGAGAAAGACAAGAAAAAUAAAUCAUCCAACAAAACGCAGUCGAUUCGAUCGGAAGCUGAAACAACACAACAAAUAAGUGAACCAAUUACUACAGAAAAUGGAGAACCAACAAUCGUAGUAAUUGAAAUAGAACUUUAUAAACCUUUGAUCGCUUGCAGAAUCGAAACGGAUUUCACAAACUUAAUAAAUGAAAUGAUACCCAAAGUAAAAAGUAAACAUUCUUAUGUAUAUUCUGGUGAUGUAGCAGAAACACAGUACAUGCAUUGUAUUCAAAAAUUAGCCGAAAUCCUCACGGAAAGUUAUCGAGAUUUUUGUGAAGAAACUAAAAGAACAGAUACCAAGGAAGGAAAGCCGCGAGAAAAAUAUUGCUUUGGUCCAGAAUCGGGCGAAUUAACGUGCUUCACACAAUAUCUUUAUAAAACUGGAGUAUACUUAAUUGUACGUAAUACGUUAAGAAUGAAAAUUCCCCUCCUCUUAGAUCAAAAAUUCAAAAUGCCUAAAAAUUUUGUCGAUUCAAGAAACUCUCACAAUUUCAUUGCCUCCAUAUAUACGUAUUUAGUGGAACAAAUGCAUCUUGCCAUAAACCAAAUGGUCGAAUGUCGAUUUACGCAAGAUACAGAAAAAAAUCUGGACCUAACAUUAAUAUACUUCUAUGCUGAAGAAGCAUACGAGCUUGAAGAUAUGGAAACAGCUAGGGAAUAUUACACAAAAGCAAUAGCAUCGAAUAAAACUGAUCCGCAUCCUUGGACGCGGUAUGCAAUAUUUCUAAAGAAAAUAGGUGAUAUCGAACGUGCAAAAGAAUGUUGUUUAGAAGCGAUCAGUUUAAAACAUCAAUAUGCAAUUGCAUUGUUAGUGUACGGGAUGAUCCUUUUCGAGAACAAAGAAUACAAAGAAGCCGAGAUCUUUCUGAGAGCCGUUACUUAUUUACAGCCACGAUUCUUCGAGGCCUGGGCUAUUUUACAUCUGUUUUUCAUACGAAUAGAAUACUAUCCAGGGGUAGAUCUUGCGCUUCGUAUAGCAAAGAAAUGCAUACAAGAUAAAUCUCGUAUAAUAACAUUAGAUCAAGAACCGCUUUCUUGGACCAUGUGUCACUGUCCUCAAAAUAAUGUGCACAUAAUGGUUGCAACAUUUCUAUUAAAAUUGCACUUUUGUGAGUUUGCAGGGCUCGCGUUAGCAGAGGAGAUGUCAAAUUCCAAUCGGUCAAUCCACGUUCUGUAUUAUAUGGCAGUGGAACAUUAUCUGUCUGGCAGAUAUGAGAAUGCGUUAUCUCACCUAGAAGAAAUUCGAUGCGAUUAUGGAAUGAAUUAUUCGGUCAGUAGUCUAAUGGGCCAUUGUUACUUCAAAAUAAAAGAAACCGAAAAAGCAGUAGAAUGCUACGAAUUUGCACGUAUGCUUUUUGACAGACCUGAUAAUCUGCAUUUAGUGGAAAUUAGAUUGGGAUAUCAUUAUUACGAUAUUGGUAAUUACGAUCGCGCGAGAAGGAUUUUUCUGAGCGCAUGUAAAUCUUCACCAACUUGCUUGACCUGGCUAGGAGUUGGUAUCAGUUGUUACGAGACAAACCAGUUUCACGAGGCAGAAAUAUCUUUAUCCGAAGCAAAUAGAAUUAACAAUCACAAUUCGGAUGUAUGGGGCUAUCUGUGCCUUUUAAAUAUGACGCUUGGAAGAUAUGAUGAGUUUGCGCAGUGUUAUGCGGAAAUGCUCAAAUAUCAGAAUAAUCUUAAAGAUAGAAAACUGUGGUUGAGAAUAACGAACCUGAUGAAGGCUUUGGAUUACGCACCACCAAAUUUAACAUAAACCGACAAUCUUGUCGAGGAUUGUAGCGCAGAGGGUUCUGAGG